AUGACUUCAAGCAAUCUGCGAAGCCCUAGCCUGAAGCUAGGGCAGAAACAGCCGUUUCUUCUCUAUGGAACUGCAUUUAAACGCGAGAGAACUGCCGAAUUGACGAAGAGCGCUCUUGAAUCAGGUUUCCAGGGCAUAGAUACGGCCAACCACCCCAGUGCAUACAGAGAAGCAUUUGCGGGAGAUGGGCUCUCUGCUGCGAUUGAUACAGGAAUCAAAAGAGAGACACUGUUUAUCCAAUCUAAAUUUACUCCCAUACGGGGUCAUGAUAAGGAUAAGAUUCCAUUCAACCCUGACCAGAGUAUCGAAGGACAGAUUCGGGAGUCCAUCUCGCAAACCCUUCAACACCUCAAGCUAGAUUAUCUUGACGCACUAAUCCUCCAUUGCCCAUUCGAGGACGACGCAGACAAUCUUGUGGCUUGGAAGGUGUUUGAGACCUAUGUACCUGGCACUAUUCGUCACCUCGGCGUCUCCAAUAUCAGUCUGCCGGUUCUGCGUCAGAUUUACGAGGAGGCAGAUGUCAAACCGGUGAUCGUCCAAAACCGAUUUUUCAAGGGGACUGGAUAUGAUGUAGAUGUUCGAGCGUUUGCUCGAGAGCAUGGCAUUCUUUAUCAAACCUUCGGUGUAUUGAAAAAUAACCAACACUUGUUGGCCUCGGACCUAGUUGCUUCGAUGGCGGAGAAGCUGAGCUUGGAAAAGGAAUUGGCAUUAUAUGUGCUUGUCUUAGGUCUCGGUGAUCUGCAGAUACUGGACGGAACGACAAACCUAGAUCGUAUGAAAAACGACUUGAAGACAAUCGCAGACGUGACGAAUGAUGACAAGUUGCUCAAAGAUCUGGCUCCAUCAUUUGACGCAUUUACUUCACUACUCGAAAAGUCCAUCUAA